UGUUAUCAUGCUAAAACUGAUAUAUCUGAUAUUUAUUGACCUACUAUUGGUCAAUUUUAACUUUCCCUUUACAUUAAUAUUUAUACAAAUAAAUAAGAAGGAAGAAACGGCGGGAUAUUCAAGUGCCCCUUACACGAUUAAAGGUUUAUUAUUUAUAAGAUUAGUUUUAUCCUAUAAACUUAGUAACUCUUGGUCUAAUCAUGAAAUUUGCUGAACAUUUGGCUGCACAUAUUACUCCAGAAUGGAGAAAACAAUACAUAAGCUAUGAAGAAAUGAAAGAGAUGUUAUAUGCUGCUGUUGAACAAGUACCUGCAUCUGACCAAGUAGACUCUGAUUCUAUUUCCCGGUAUUAUGCCAAAUUUGACGAAAAGUUCUUUAGCUUUUGCGAUAAGGAACUUGCCAAAAUCAAUACAUUUUAUUCAGAAAAAUUAGCUGAAGCCACACGAAAAUUUGCAAAUCUACAGAGUGAUCUAAGGGAAGCCCAAGAUGAUAAAGUCAAGUCUAAAGAUAGUGGAGGAAAUCUUAAACCAGUCAAGCGAAAAAUACUACGAAAAAAUACUACAACAAAAAAAACCCAAGAACUCAAAUUGGCUUUUAGUGAAUUUUAUUUGAGCUUGAUACUUUUGCAAAAUUAUCAAAAUUUAAACUAUACUGGUUUUCGAAAAAUUAUGAAAAAACACGAUAAGUUACUUGGUUCCGAUGGAGGUUCUGGUGCUCGGUGGAGAUCAGAAGUUGUCGAGAAUGCUCAUUUUUACUGUAAUAAGGAUAUCGAUAGAUUGAUCAGCGAAACAGAAGCAACUGUUACACAAGGUUUGGAAGGUGGUGACAGACAAAGAGCCAUGAAAAGACUGCGAGUACCGCCAUUGGGCGAACAACAAUCACCGUGGAUCACAUUUAAAGUCGGUUUAUUUUCGGGUGCAUUUGUUGUGAUGUUAUUGGCAGUAAUUAUAACUGGAAUAGCGCAUGGUAACAGUGACACAGACUGGCGAGUAAUGGUGCGGUUAUAUCGUGGACCUUUAUUAUUAGUCAUAUUCCUAUUUCUAAUAGGUAUAAAUGUAUACUGCUGGCGUUCUUCCGGCGUGAACCAUGUUCUUAUUUUCGAAUUAGACCCCAGGAAUCACUUGACUGAACAACAUAUUAUGGAACUAGCCACUGUUUUUGGUUUGGUUUGGGCAGGGUCCGCUUUGAUAUUUUUGUAUAGUGAGGCAUUACAUAUACCUCCAUACAUUAAUCCAUUGAUUCUAGCUAUUUUAAUGAUUGUGUUUUUAUUUAACCCUACCAAGACGCUAAGACACGACGCUCGCUUUUGGGUCUUGCGAGUCAUGGUCCGAAUAAUAUUUGCUCCGUUUUUUUAUGUGGGCUUUGCGGAUUUUUGGCUGGCGGAUCAACUAACAAGUUUAGUUCCUGCACUAUUAGAUUUCCAGUAUCUAGUAUGUUUUUACCUUACCAAUGAUAAGUGGAUGUCAAAUAAAACUAUUGAUAUUGACGGUACCAAGUGUGUCGAACGGGUUUGGUUGUUGAGACCCAUUGUUGCUUGUCUACCAGCGUGGUUCAGAUUCAUGCAGUGUCUAAGGCGAUAUAGAGACUCCCGUGAAGCAUUUCCUCAUCUUGCUAAUGCUGCUAAAUACGCCACUACAUUUUUUGUUAUAACAUUUUCUUUCUUAAAUCUCCAGUAUUCAAAAAAGAAUCCUGAUGAAGAUUCAAACGUUUUCUUUUAUUUAUGGAUAUGUGCAUCAGUAUUUAGUUCACUUUAUUCGUAUAUUUGGGAUAUAAAAAUGGAUUGGGGGCUAUUUGAUCAAAAUGCCGGAGAAAAUAAAUUUUUACGAGAAGAAAUUGUUUAUUCUUCUACGGCUUUUUAUUACAUAGCAAUUGUUGAAGAUUUUAUUUUGCGGUUUGGUUGGGCAUUAUCCAUGUCUCUGACUGAAAUGGGUUACGUUCAUGGAGAUUUGAUGGUGUCAAUUUUAUCUCCUCUUGAAGUGAUGAGGAGAUUUGUAUGGAAUUUUUUCCGUUUAGAAAACGAACAUUUGAAUAAUUGCGGUCGAUUUCGAGCUGUAAGGGAUAUUUCUGUGGCUCCCAUAGACAGCUCAGACCAGACUCACAUACUACGUUUAAUGGAUCUACCAACAGUUCCUCAUGACUUAAACAGGAAUAGAAGAGUAAAAACUGGUGGCGGAAUAGGAAGGAAAAUACCGAAUCUUACGUUUCAACCUAGCCGUUCUGCCGAUGAACAAGCCUCAUUGAUUUUGGCUAGUCUAGGCACGCGAUGAAUCUCAACACAUCCUACAAAUAGAAUCAAGUAGGAUAUUUACAAAUUCACACUUUUUAAAUAACGAAUUUCAGAGAAAAAUGUAUUUGUACAUUUCUUGAAGCUUUAAAAUAUCUUUUUUUUUUAAAGAUUAGUAAUUAUAACAUUCUUGGGUCAUUAUUUUUAUUUUUUGAACAAAUUUUUAAUUGAUUAUAAAAACGUCAAAAAUAUAUCUCCAUCAUAUUACAUUUUAUUAGUGUGAAGAAUAUUGAUAAAUAA